GAUGAAGCCAGCAGAGAUCAGAUUCUCUCUACAGAGACCUCUACAGCACACAGAUCCAGACAUGGCACCUACAAUCACUGCAGCUCUGACCAACUCUCAGGAACAUCUGACUCUGACACACAAGCUCAGAAAACCUCUGGUGGAGAAGUUACGCAGAGAGAGAAUCAACAGCAGCAUUGAGCAGCUCAAGUCUCUCCUGGGUCCAGAGUUCCUCAAACAGCAGCCAGACUCCAAGCUGGAGAAAGCAGACAUCCUGGAGAUGACAGUCUGUGUCCUGACACAGCUGCAGCAGCACAAUCAACAGCAGAGAAGACUGAUGAUGAAGAACUUCAACAAGCUGCAGUCUUCCUCUGAUAAGAACCUGACAGAGGCAGACUUCUCUCCUCUGAGCUCCACGGACCAGACCAGCGUCACCAAAGACAAGAGUCCAGUCCACAGCGCCCCCUGGAGGCCGUGGUAGACACCUACAGACUGCUUAGACGACCACAGUAGUCCAAGAUUCCUGAAAGUCAAUUCAGUUUUGUUCUUCUGUAUGAACAGAAGUUUGUGUCUGUGUGUUUCCUUGAGGAAAUGUUACAUAACUUUGUGUCAUGAUUUGAUCUGUUUUAAGAUCAAAAUGUAUUUUCCCCUAAAUGUCUCUACUUUGUGACAUUUGUUACCUGUUGCAUAAUUUUGAUCAUGUUGAUCAAUUAUUCCGUCGUUGUCCUUGUCUGGGACAUUUUGUCAUAAUUGACUUCCACUCAUUUCAUUUGUUUGAUUUAACCUUUCAAAUUGAGAGAGAACAUCUUGUCAUGCUUGUUGCAUGAUUCUAAAUUCGUCAAACCUGAUCUGUUGUGAGAUCUCCAUGUGAAUGCUUGUUUUUCAAGCGUCGUUGUUUAUGACUUUGUCACUAAUUUAUCGUGACUAUUCUGUGUCAACACUGUCACAGUGUGAUAAGAAAAACCCGUCUGAUCUGUUCUAAGGUCAGUUUUUUUUUUAAUGUGCUUGCUUCACAUUUUGUUUUGAAGACCACAUUUUGUUUCAAAGUUAAUGAGAAGUUUCUUGUCUCUGAUCAUCGUCUCCUGUGGAGACUUUUGUCCCUUGCUCUCAGUGAGUACAGCGUCUCUUGCAGAAGUUGUUCUUAAAUAAACAAAUUUGCUCUCA